AUGAACGAAACUUUUAGUGCAAUUGAAAUAUGCAUUAAUAAAAUAGGUGAUUCGGCAUUACGUGAACGUCUAUCUCAUCGAUUACAACAUCAUGUUCGAAUAAUAAUAGAAUGGAAAGCUCAUCAACUUCGUCUCGCACACCAAUAUUAUGCUAGAACGGAGCUUUUACAACAAUUGGAUGAAGAAACUGUGUUUUUGUAUAUCGAUUGGGCCAUGAAAUGGUUACCGGUGCGCUAUAGAGAAGCUCAACGGGACUUUUUUGCUAAAAGAGAUUUAUUAUGGCACGUGUCAUAUGUUAUUCGUAAAGCUCCAAUCGAUCAAUCAUCACAAUUAGUUAGUCAAUCGUCUAGUUUUUCACAAUCGACUACUAGUCAGCAAUCGGAUGUCUCAAAAUCAGAGCAGUUGAGUUCUUCUUCACCCUCACCCCCUUCAUCUCGGACUCCAUAUCAACAUAAAACAUUCGUUCAUGUGUUCGAUCAGUGCGUUCAAAACGGAAAAACUGUUCUGAGUAUCCUUCGUUAUAUGAUCCUACGGCUAAAAGAAGAAUUUCCUGGUAUUAAAUAUGCUCAUAUAAGAGCAGACAAUGCGGGAUGCUAUCAUGGUGCUGAGACGUUAUUAUCAACCUCAACGUUAUAUAAAGAGACUGGCAUUUGGAUUAAAAGUAUGGAUUUCUGUGAUCCACAGGGAGGAAAGGGUCCGUGCGACCGCAUGGCUGCAGUGAUCAAAUGCCAAAUUCGUUCUUUUAUUAAUCAGAAAAAUAAUUGUACGACUGCUGUCGAGUUUUAUAAAGCUGCGUCAUCCACGAAAGGACUGGAAAUACAUGCAUGCGCAAUUGAUGUUCAGAACGUACAAAAAAUUGAAUGGCCUGGAGUUAGUAAUUUUCAUAAUAUCGAAUAUACAAGCAACGAAGUUCGUGUCUGGCGAUCGUGGAAAAUUGGAGAAGGAAAACCAUUCAAGUGGUCAAAGAUUUCUGCAUUGAAAUCUAUUAAUGUAUUAAAUUCGAUUUUUACUCCAAAUCAAAAAAGUCUAUGGAUUUUGGAGUCGAAAACAAAUGAGAGUCUAGAAUCUGUGCAUGAUCAGCCGUUACCAUCACUACCGUUUCAAUUUCAUGUCCUGAAACAUGCGUCACAAAAAACGUCAACAACACAAUUAAAGCAACAAUGGGCAGCGCUAACAAAAAAACCGGCUAUUCAAUUUAGUGAUAAACAGAAAAAGUAUUUAACCGAUAAAUCUGAACAAGGAGUACAAGGUAUGAAAUGGGAUCCUCAAGCAGUCGCACUGGAAAUAAAAGUUCGUUCGUCAAGUACAGGAACACCUCUGUUCGAUCAUCACGAAUGGCUAACCGAUACACAAAUAAAAGGAUUUUCUGGCCGUCUAGCUGCAGCACGUCGCAAACGACAAUCACCCCCAUCAGCUACUAAGCCUCAACGUUCGUCAGCAUCACAACUUUCACAAUCAGAUUCGGAUGAAGAGUCAGAAGAACUAGAUACAACGGUUCUUGAUGUCGAUGAAAUUAUUUCUAGAGUUGCAGAUCAAAGUGCUUCAAAAGCUGUACUUCAUCCAACAACAGCCUCGACAAAUAUUCAACAACAUAAAAAAACGGACAUUUCCAUGGAUGACAUUCAAAGUGUUGUAAAAAGGCAACACAAAUAA